ACCGCCGCAGAAUUCAGUCCGCUGCCGCGCUAGCCGUGUAGCCGUCGGGGGCGCUCGCCGCUAUGGCGGAGGGCAGCGGGGAAGUGGUCGCCCUGCCGGCGUCCGGGGCCGCCAACGGCCUCAGCAACGGGGCGGGCGGGACCUCGGCGCAGCCCAACAACCCGCUGUCGCGCAAGCUCCAUAAGAUCCUGGAGACGCGUCUGGACAACGACAAGGAGAUGCUGGAGGCUCUCAAGGCACUUUCAACCUUUUUUGUUGAAAAUAGUUUGCGGACUCGAAGAAAUUUACGCGGAGAUAUUGAACGCAGAAGCUUGGCCAUCAAUGAAGAAUUUGUGAGCAUUUUCAAGGAAGUGAAGGAGGAGCUUGAAAGCAUAAAUGAAGAUGUUCAAGCAAUGAGCAGCUGUUGCCAAGAUAUGACAAGCCGCCUGCAGGCAGCAAAGGAACAGACUCAAGACUUGAUAGUAAAAACCACUAAACUUCAAACUGAAAGUCAAAGGUUGGAAAUAAGAGCACAAGUUGCAGAUGCCUUCUUAGCCAAGUUCCAGCUGACUAAUGAGGAAAUGAGUCUUCUCCGAGGUACACGAGAAGGACCUGUUACUGAGGAUUUUUUCAAGGCCUUGGGAAGAGUAAAACAGAUUCAUAAUGAUGUCAAAGUACUUUUGCGUACAAACCAACAAACAGCAGGUUUAGAAAUUAUGGAACAGAUGGCUUUACUUCAAGAAACAGCUUAUGAAAGACUUUAUCGAUGGGCUCAAAGUGAAUGUAGAACGCUAACACAAGAGUCAUGCGAUGUAUCUCCUGUAUUAACUCAGGCAAUGGAAGCCCUACAGGAUAGACCUGUCUUAUAUAAGUAUACCUUAGAUGAAUUUGGAACAGCCAGACGAAGUACAGUUGUCCGAGGGUUUAUCGAUGCCCUUACAAGAGGAGGCCCAGGAGGUACACCUAGACCAAUUGAAAUGCACUCCCAUGACCCCUUGAGGUAUGUGGGAGAUAUGUUGGCGUGGCUCCAUCAAGCUACUGCUUCUGAAAAGGAACACCUUGAGGCCUUCUUAAAGCGUGUAACUGCACCAGGUGUCGAAGAAAAUAUUCAAGAAGUUGUUGGGCAUAUCACUGAGGGUGUGUGCAGGCCUCUAAAAGUUCGAAUUGAACAAGUAAUACUUGCUGAACCUGGGGCAGUUUUAUUAUACAAAAUUUCUAAUCUCCUCAAAUUUUACCACCAUACAAUCAGUGGCAUUGUUGGAAAUAGUGCAACUACUUUAUUAACCACCAUUGAGGAAAUGCAUUUGCUAAGCAAAAAAAUAUUUUUCAAUAGUUUGAGUCUUCAUGCAAGUAAAUUAAUGGACAAGGUGGAACUCCCACCACCUGAUCUUGGACCAAGUUCUGCCCUGAAUCAGACGCUUACGUUGCUGCGUGAAGUUCUGGCCUCGCAUGAUUCUUCAGUUGUUCCGUUAGAUGCUCGGCAGGCCGACUUUGUGCAGGUUUUGUCGUGUGUCCUGGACCCGCUCCUCCAGAUGUGCACAGUGUCGGCCAGCAAUUUGGGCACAGCUGACAUGGCUACUUUCAUGGUUAAUUCAUUGUAUAUGAUGAAAACAACAUUAGCUUUAUUUGAGUUCACUGACAGACGUCUAGAAAUGCUACAAUUUCAGAUUGAAGCACAUUUGGACACACUUAUAAAUGAGCAAGCCUCUUACGUUUUAACCAGAGUCGGCUUGAGUUAUAUCUACAACACUGUGCAGCAACAUAAGCCUGAACAGGGCUGUUUAGCUAAUUUGCCCAACUUAGACUCUGUGGCACUGAAAGCUGCAAUGGUUCAGUUUGAUCGUUACCUGUCAGCUCCAGACAACCUAUUAAUGCCACAGCUGAACUUUCUUCUAAGUGCCACAGUGAAAGAGCAGAUUGUGAAACAGUCUACAGAACUGGUGUGCAGAGCCUAUGCUGAAGUGUAUGCAGCUGUCAUGAAUCCCACUAAUGAAUAUAAGGACCCCGAGGGCAUCCUGCACAGGUCACCGCAGCAAGUGCAGGCUCUGCUCUCCUGAUGGCCCUAGGGCCUGUGCUUCCCCUAACGGUUGUUUUGGUUUCAGACACAUAGUCUUCGUUAGAGAUUUGAGAAUGAGUUUUCUGUAAAUUGUAAGAAUGUUCUUUUGUUCUCUAUUAAUAUGGAACUAAAUAAAUGUUGAACUGAGUUAGUAUUAUUCUACAUUUGUUCUUUAUUCUGGAACACAAACAUGACAAAAAAUACUGUGAAAGGUUUGAAAGAUUUUUUUUAUAAUACUAGUUCUCAAUGCUACAUAAAAUCUUGUCAGCAGUCAAAUGCAUUGUUAAUUAUAGUAACCAUCCCUUUACUUGAAGAUUUAUUUGCUUUCUUUUAGUUAUUAAUGUGUGUGUGCCAAAUUGCCUUUUUGAGCCCAGUUUAUUGCUCUUGUCCCAAAAUAACUGUCCUAAAAGGUUGUGAGAAGACAGAAGAAAACUGGGCCGCGCUGCUGGCCACCGUAGCCGUGCUCUCCUUCCUGCUUCUUGUCACACGUAGCACAUAGUUGGGUACGUGUUUCUGAGGUAAUUUUAAAAACACACUCAGCCAAAAGAAGGAAAAAACGCACCUUGGAAGCCUUGGAUAGGCACAAGGUAGAACUUGGCACUAGAGUUUCAGGGUACGUGAGCGUCCUGAGCUGUUCCUGAGCUGUGUGUGAUGCUUACGGGUGGCACUCGUUAGACAGUGUGGAACCGAAAUCUGACUGACAAAUUUGAUCUUGUGUGCAGACUGGUAUUAAUUAUUCUGGAAUAACAGUGGCUACAGAUCAUCCAUUCCAGUGGAAGUUCGUAACUUUUUCUUUUCCUUCAGUGUAUGUAUAUGAAAUGUGUGUAUCUGUGUAAAGAAUUAUAAUGCAAACCAGGAGCUAAACUGUACAUAAUUUAUUUUUGCUAUGAAAAGCAGUUAACAUUAAUGAAUUCCUUUGUUUUCCAAGAAAAAUUGUACUUUGCUUUUACCUG